ACGCUGUGAUUUUACAAGCGAAACACGAAUUUAAAAACAGAACGGUUGGAGAGAACAGGGCAAGUUUGAUUUGAUUUGACAAUUUUACAAGUUGACAAGGAUGCCGUCCGCUAAAACUCGAACCUCUGCUAACUCUACCGAAUCUGUCGGAAUAAGUAUCAACGAAAAAAUUCUAAGAGAAUGUCAUCGGCUUUAUACAGAGGCUGAAAAAGGAUUAAUUCCUAUUGGUGAGUCAGUAGGAAUACCUUUGCUUGCUCCUCGUAAAAAAAUUACAGUCAUGUUAAUGGGAAAUCAUUCAGCUGGAAAGAGCUCUUUUGUUAAUUGGUACGUUGAAGAGCAUAUACAGAAAACUGGUGUUGCUAUUGAAACUCAGGGCUUCACAGUAGUAACUAGUGGAAAGAAAAGGGAAUCUCUGCUGGGUAAUGCAUCAUUUCAUUUAUUUCCACACCUGAAGCCUCUUCAAGAUGUAGAAGGUGUAAGCGAUUACUUAACUACGGAGAUUUCAACGUCAAAACAGAAGAAGUUUAAUCUUGUCAUGUUUGUCGAUACUCCUGGUUUAGUGGAUGGUGAUAUGUCGUAUCCAUUUGAUGUAAAUAAAGCAAUCGAAUUCCUUGGUGGUUUAUGUGAUUUAGUGUUCGUUUUCUUUGAUCCUAUUGGUCAAGCUUUGUGUAAAAGAACAUUAAACAUUGUUGAGCACUUGAAUGAAUCAUACAGCGAUCGACUAAGAUUUUUCUUGAGCAAAGCAGAUACAGCUGGAACAGAAAGUGAUCGACAGCGAGUUUUGAUGCAAAUCACACAAGAGCUGUGCAAACGACCUGGACUCAAUAAGUGUGGUUUUGAUAUGCCAACAAUUUUCGUACCGUCGCUGACUGAUAAACCUGCUCGAUGCGAAAAUCAAAUUGAAAGUGUAUGCAAGGAGGUUGACAAAACAAUCAAUCAAACAAUACAAAACACGUUAAACAAGUUUGAACAAGAUUGCACCACUGUUAGUAAAAAAAUUGAUCAAAUUUUAGAAGAAGAUAGAGUGCAAGGUAACGCAAACCUUCGCAGCACGCUAAUAAGUUUCAUACUUCUUAUCCUCACAACAUGUGUUGGUGUCUUCUUGUCCAUUAGUUAUUUUAAAUUAGAUGUUUUGAAAUUUCACGAACUGGAACCUUUUAUCGAUCCUAUUGAAACCUUCUGGAAGGAUCUGUCACCCAAGUUGCAAUUUCAAACAAGAGCGACAUUGGGUGUUGUCAUGUUUCUUUUGCUGGUAUCUGUGAAAAUAUUUUCAGGUAAAAAAGAAACAUUAUCUCGCAAAGUCCGUCGCGUGUUACAAGAAAAACAGAAUUAUAUCGAUACUUCAGUAAAACCACAAAAGGCGAAACUUUACACGGAAUAUCUGAAACAAAGCGUUGGAGAUCACGACUUGAUGUAACAUUUGCACGAUGUUUUCAGUGAAAAAUAUUUAAUUUUUUAGGCUUCUUUUAAGUUAUGGUAAGGUAAAUUACACUGGCGGCUGGCAAUUCUGGAAAUAACCCAGUUAAUUCAAGUUCACUUUUCGUACUUUUAGUCGAUUUGAUAUUUUAGAAAACCUGAGAUUUUUUUCGUAAAAUGAAAUUUAGGGAAUUAUGGAAAUUAAAUUAUUUAUGAGAACAUUUAUUUUGUAAUUUUUAAUGGCAGGUUUCAAAAAAUUUUCUUUUUAUUUC